CUCUUUCUUUAUAUACCAAAAAAUCCCUUGGCAUCCAACCCUCCUCCGCCUCCGCCUCCGCCUCGACCUCAACCGACGCACCAUCUUCGGCUUGUAUAGGAACCAGAUCUACGAGCACGAGGAUGACUGGAACCAGAUCUAAGAGUACGAGGAUGACUGGAACCAGAUCUAAGAGUAUGACGACGACUGGAACCAGACCUUCUUCGAACUACAAUUUGCCGGAGAAGCCUAAGCCCAAUCUGCCGGAGAAGCCUAAGCAGCACCUUUACCUUGUGUUUGAUGACUGGAACUCUGGAUACUCCAUCCGCAAGGUGAGCUUGUCGCGCCGCUCAGGCAAAGGAUCUGAGCAAUCGUCCGAUUCAGGAGAAGACUCUGAGCAGUCCGGCUUAAAGCCCUUCCCAGCUUUCAUGCGCAUCCAGGCGAUGCGUGGGCUUCCCAAUAUGUUCACGUCAGCCUUUGGCACCAAGAUCAUGGCGAUGCAAACAUCUCGUGAUGUGAUGGCGGGAAUCCCAACUAUCGACGUCCAGGAUCUUACCAUCUCCUCUGAACCUCCACCAAACUUUCCGUAUUAUCCACUCUACAUCCCCGUCAGUGAUGAUAGGCUCUAUGCUCUGGAUAUUGGCUCAUUUGAACUCCUCCAGAAGCCAGAACCGAGUGGACUGUGGAUGUGGAAGAUACUCAGUUGUCCUCCAUUCUCACUUUCAGCUGUCUCCUCCUACGCCGUGCGACCCGAUGGAUGCAUCCUCGUCAGUAUCGACACUGUUGGCACCUUCAUCUUGGACACCAAGGAGCAUGUGUGGAAACUAUGUGGUCGUUGGGUGUUCCCCUUCACCGGCCAUGGACACUAUGACACCUCCCUGGAUGGCUUUGUUGGUCUCCCCAAAGACCCGGAGAAACUUGGGUACCUCUGCUGCUGCACCAUGGCCAGCACCACGACUAGCCAAGGAUUGCAGUAUUCCUACACCAAGACGAAGGUGUACAACAGGGACCUAGCUGAGGGGCAGCAGCAUGUAAGUGCCACCCUUGUGCACAUGCGCCAGGGCAAAUUCUGCCUUGUGGAGUGUGUCUGCACUGAUGACACACAGACUGAUCAGGAUGAUGUGCCCGUGGUGCUGCUGGGGCCUGAUUCGGAUGAUUUUAUUGGAGGCGGGCCCCAAGGUGGUCGUUUUAUGUAUCGUUUGAAAACCUUCUCCCUCAGUUAUGACACGAAUAGAGACCUCAAGCUUAGACACUGCAAGGUUCGUUGCUACAGCCUGCCUCAUGAAGCAAGAAUUGGUUCCAUCCGUCAGGAUCCAGUGGCAUUUUGGCUGUGAAAUGAAAUGCUAAAAUCAUGAGAUAAAUUAGUUCCUAUGUUUUCAGCUUCAAUGUUUUAGUUUGGUGUAAUCUCAAACUGUGUUAUUCGUGGAUCCUGUGCUGAUGUGUCUCUAUGUGGUCACUCGGCUUUGUUUUUUCAGUAUAUAUGUAUAAGUCAGUGACUAAUUCAGUUAGGGGCUUUGCAAUUGCUCUGUUAUCACUUUCUAGUAGAUAACUGCUUUUUAUGAGAUGUAUGGAGAAGGCUAGCCUCCAGGUCCAUGUAAUGACAGACAAUUGGUCUAUAACUUAACCUGCAAAGUCACCUUUGAUUAUGGUUCAUAACUUCACCUGCAAAGUCACCUUUUAUGAUAAGGAUACAUAAUUUCCAUGUCCCAAUACGGAUGUUUUCAGUUUUCAGUUAAACAUAUGUUCUCUUCAUAUACGGAUGAACCCUCAGCCUUUUGUACUUUGAUGCACAUUUUGUUCAGAUUAAUUGAUUCAAUAUAAAUCAUGUUUGGUCCUUGGAUGAGUUUGAGUUUUCUAAAUUGUAGCAUUGAAUAAUCCAGAAGCAUGGAUGCACCUUGUCUAGUUUGAUUUUGUUGUUAUUUCUUCUGCUGGCUCAUUGAAGUUUAUUAGUACCUGUGUUCUUUCAAGUAUCCUAUGCAUUCGCAUAUUUCUAAUGAUAUUUGGUUGAGUAAGCCAUACAAAGGGAAAUGGUUGUGUAUUCCAUAGGUUUAGUGCACUGCCUUUAAUUAUUUAACCUUAGCAACAUUUACUGCUCUCUUUUCAUAGACUUACUGCAUAUACUUCUCCCCACUGUUUCUGCUGCUUGAACAUAACGCUUCUUUGUAAUGACCUAAUCUUUCAUUUCCUAAGUUUUAAAAUUUUCUGUUUUUAAUUUGUUCAGUUCUUAUGUAAUGUGCUUCUGAUUUUUAUUUUGUUUCUUCUGAUAUUUUGAUAUGUUCAUUCUUAAAUUUGCUCUUCAUUUUUCAGUCGGCACCUUUUUUUAAUUCUUUCUUUCUACAACAGCGCCAAAGGUAUCAAAACCAAAGGCAUUAAUUUUGUGCUUUAGAUUUUCUCAGUAUUUCAGUAAUUCAUUUUUGUCUUUCUGCACUGCUUGUCAUAGCUCAUUUUCUGUCUUUACUGUUUUGUAUUUCAGGUUAUCAGUUUUCUCUUCAAUCAUUAUAUGAUUAUGUCAUAUUUCUUCAGUCAUUGUUUGUUACUUACUUAUGUAGAGAGAAUAAAGUUGGUCAGAGAUGUGUGGUGGCAUAGCAGCAGUUGAUUUCAUCGAUGAUCAGAUGUUUAUCUCAUUUGCAUUCAUUUUUUAGUAUUUUCUGUUUCUCAUGCUCACUUUUUCAUGAAUGGACUGUGCGUACUAGAUUGAUAGUUAGAAUCUCUUCUUGUACCACUCCAUGAGCUGGUGUUACCGUCGGUGAUGAUGCUUGGCUGCUGGUGGAAUAUGACUGUCGGUGGCGGUGCUUGUCUGCUGGAGGAAUAUGCCACUCUCUGAACCUUAUUGAGAAAUUAGUGUAGGAGUUUGUUUUCUAGAAGUUUUUAUAUCCAGAUUUGGAAGUUUUACUAUCUUAUAUUUUUCAGGGAUCUGUUGCCUGGCAUGUUCGAUGGACUGUCCAAAGUUCAAAUGUUUCUUCGUUCAGUUUUUAUUUCUUCUUCAGUUACUUUAGUCUUCAGUAGGUGAUUCUCUCUUCUAUCAGCGUGUCUCACUUUCAUUUUAUAGUAUCAUGAGUGUUUUUAUUAGUUUUCAGUUUCAAGUAACCAUUUUAGUCCAUGUUAGUCCUUCUAGUGACGCCAAGUUUCUUCUGUGUAUCUUUCUUGAGUCCUCAUUCUCUCAUGCAGUGUAUUUUCAGUUUUAACUAUUGUUCAGUUAUUUUCUCAAUACGACCUAUCAGUAUUCAGCCUCUAAAUUGUCAAUCGUAUUCUUUCUUCUAAGUAUGUGUUAAUUCUAUAAUCUUCAGUUUAUCUUUCUUUAUUAUCGUUCUACAACUUAGUUGCUUAGGCUUAAGUGUUCAGUUUUCCCUCUAUUUCUUUUUCUUCAGUCUCCAAGUAGUGCAGUGUUUGCUCAUGCCUGGACAAAGGUGGUUGGAGCAGCAUCAUGUUAGUGAGCGGCAAACUGGUAAGUUUGGUGGGGCAGCAUCAUAUGAGUUAGCGCCAAAUUGAGACCAUAAACUGCUCUGCUGAUCUUACUGAUCAUAAACUGCUGUGCUUGUGCGGAACCAUGGAAUUUAUGUUAGGGGUGACUCCUGGAUCAAUGCCAAGACACAGGCUGAAUGCUAUCAUUAUCUUCUUGAUGCUGCCGUCAAGAUGUAUCAGUUAGGGAUUGAUUGGACGACUCCUGAGCAUGGUCCAAUAAACAGCGCCAAAAGAUUGUGUACUGUUAUAAGUCCUGAUGUUCCUAAUGGAGCUCAUGCAGCCAAAUCAUCAAAGCAUUGUGUUGUACUUGACAUCGAAGGAACAACAACUCCAAUAUCAUUUGUGACUGAUGUUAUGUUUCCUUAUGCUCGUGAUAAUGUGCGGAAGCAUCUGAUUUCUACAUACGAUUCUGAAGAAACCAAAGAAGACAUCGAAUUGUUGCGCAUCCAAGUUGAAGAAGACCUGAGAAACGGAGUUGUUGGGGCUGUUCCAGUUGCACCCAGUGAUGCUAGCAAAGAAGAGGUUAUUAAUUCGUUAGUCACUAAUGUUGAGUCCAUGAUCAAAGCAGACCGGAAGAUUACAUCAUUGAAACAACUUCAGGGUCAUAUAUGGAGGACUGGAUUUGAAAGCAAAGAACUGCACGGAGUUGUUUUUUAGGAUGUUCCCGGGGCGCUGAAGGAUUGGCAAUCUCACGGUGUGAAGGUUUACAUAUACUCAAGUGGCAGUAGAGAGGCACAAAGGCUACUAUUUGGCCACUCAUCCCAUGGUGAUCUACGACAAUACUUGUGUGGUUUUUUUGACACCACAACAGGAAAUAAAAGAGAAGCAAGGAGUUACUUCGAGAUCUCAAAAUCACUUGGGGUGGACAAUCCAUCUGAAAUCUUAUUUAUCACAGAUGUGUUCGAAGAAGCCGUUGCUGCAAAGAGUGCAGGUCUCGAUGUAAUAAUCUCUAUUCGCCCGGGGAAUGCACCACUUCCUGAGAAUCAUGGUUUCCGGACAAUCAGCUCUUUCCGUGAGAUCUGAGAAAUGUGCAAGAGACAAGCAUGCGGGAGAAUCACCUUUGGAUGUGUACGUGGCAGUGCUUCGUGGGCCACUGGAUCAGUUCUUGUAAUAGCAGGAUAGCGCCUUAUUAGCAUGGCAUCCGAUUGCAAUAAAAUCAGGUGGCAGAAUAAAAGUGGGAAGAAUUGUA